AUGCAGCAACUCAACUCAUCCAGCAGCUCACUCACCACUCCUGUCUCAACUGCAAACCUGAUUGCCAGUAUUGUUCUGGCAAUUUGCUUCAUACUGGGAGUCCCUGGGAAUAUUGCUGUAGUGGUACGUCUGGCUGGAUGGAUAAAGGAAGGCAGUUUCACCCCGAUACUGAUGCUAAGCCUGGCCAUAUCAGAUCUGCUCACUCUGCUUUCUCUGCCAGUUUGGAUUUGGACUCUUCUUCAUCACUGGGUCUUUGGCGUGGUCCUGUGUAAGCUUCUCUCCUAUUUGGUGUACUUAAGCCUGUACAGUGGCAUACUAUGUGUGGUUUUGAUGAGCGUUCAGCGAUAUAUGCAAGUGCUGCAUCCUCAGAAAUGGAACAAGCUUGGCAAGAAAGGAAAGAAGAUCCUCUUGUUUGGAAUUUGGAUCUUGAGUGCAGUACUAUCGUCCUAUGCUCUUGUACAACGCACUGUAAGACCAAACAGGGAAGGACACUUUCAGUGCAAGCGAAGCUACCAGAACAGUAUUGAAAGAGUGGCUACUUUAAUCUGGGAGAUUAUAAUAUUUCUGGUUUUAUUCCCCACACUGACUUACUUCUACUUUCAUCUUCACCAAGGAGUUAAUAACUCAGCUUUCUUUAGCAGUCAAUCAUUGACAAAGCUCGUGACCAGAAUUGUGGCCUGUUUCUUUAUUUUUUGGUUCCCGUUAGUCAUCUCCAAUAUUGUGCUCAUCAUUGCUGUGUUGCUUUGGAAUGACCGUCUGUUAAGAUCUGCAGAAUCUGCUGACAAUAUUACUGCAGCUUUGGCUUUCAUUAACAGUUGUGUGAACCCCUUCCUGUACGCUUUCUCUGCUCGGGCUGUACAGGAACAUGGAACUGGAACAGAAAAUACUGAUGUUGGAGGUAUGAUGGUGUUUAUGAAUUCUCACUGACAGACAGUA